GCUAUAGCAAUAGCUUUGAGACACUGUCGCGACAUAUUGUCAAAGCAAUAUCUCUGGACAAAGAGGGACUUCCAGUGAUACAUGGUGUUCCUUUGCCGCAAUAUGUGCCACCAGAUCUACUUGAUAACAUGUUAUGGCUUCGCGCAAAUGCCAUUGUAGACCUCAACAAUGCGGUUUACAAGGCUUUGAACAGGCUCCUCAAGUCCACUUGCACUAGAAGCAGAUCUAACGAUCAAUGCCACGCCAUGAUUCUCGGCUCCUAUACAUCAUUCUUGUUCAAACAUAAAUAUCUACCACGACGCGAAGGCGUCAAACAUGCAGCGUAUUCUCUUAGGCAUCUGGCUCUGAUUCUCAGCUCUGUCAAGAUACGCGCACUCGAUGAAGAUAACUACAUGGAUAUGGCUAAUUACGUAUUGCAUGUCGGUGAUGCACACUAUUCCUGGGAGCGUUCAGAUUUUUUUGGGAAUGGUCUCCACUCUCACUCGAAGUGCGCCAAUGUCUUCGACCUUCCUCAGCAGGUGGAAAAGAUCAUGUCCAGCAUACCUUCCCCGACGUUGGACUCACAUCGGUUGCACAUGGAAGAGCAGGCGAAAAAGUAGAUGCGGGACCAUGGGCUUCGCUGUAUGGUGAAUGAAGGGAAAGACUUCGCUGGGAACGAACUCAUAGAGUAUGAGAUUUGUCAACACUACCACGCGAGCGAAGCAGAUCUGCACAUAUAUACCCUCAUCUGUU